AUGUCCAUUUCUAAUUUAUAUUUUGCUAAUUGUUGGGCCUCAGCCAUUCCGGCCUUACUUGGGUCCCUCCCUCUCCUCUCCCGGCUUCGCUCAAAACCAUGGCCUUCUUCACCGAACGCUCACGAUACAGUCGCAGUUAAAUCUAGCGGGGAAGAAGGCAACCAUGGUAUCGCGGCUUACAAAGACCUUCAAAACUCUCAUCUUUCGCCGCCUUCUGGUCCGCACCUACCAGAAACCAUUGAGGAAGGCUUUCUUCAAAUCACAUCUCGGAGGCCGAGGCAUCACCUUGAUAUCUCAGAACAAGGCUAUAAUGUGAUGUAUAAGGAUGUGGAUAUGGUUUGGCUUUCCGAUCCUUUCCCUUAUCUAGAAGGGCACCAUGACAUUUACUUCACCGAUGAUAUGGCUGUGGUGAAGCCUUUGAAUCAUUCUCUUGGCUUGCCACAACCCGGGAAGAAAGGCAGAACAUAUAUUUUGAGAUAAGCCCAUCCAGGUCCAACCCCCUUUAAUGAAUCCUUGCAGGUGGAUAUGUAUUUUCUCCCUCAGGUUGCUUUCCCAUCAGGAGGUCUCUACUUCAAAAAUGAAACAUGAGUCAAGGCAACUCAAGGGAAGCAUGUGAUCAUUCACAACAACUAUAUUACUGGCUUUGAUGAGAGGAUUAAAUUUUUUUUGUGAUUCCAGGCUCUAGUUGGCUGAUAAUUAUGCUCGUGAGUCACUGCUUGGAUGAAUAUGUUAAAAAGAUGAAUCUUUGCCCAUUUGUUUGCAAAAUGUAGCUGCGGAUUUCGUU